AGAAACCCAAAAUUCGAUUUCAAUUCUGAGAUAUUCAAUAAAAACCGAAAAAUGUCGUCUCGAGCUAACUUGACACACUCUGAAAAUUGCUGUAAGUGCGACAUUUGGCCAAAGAGGUUUCAGAUCAGAAUGCGUUUGACACACGUACAUACUACCGUGAACGGUUGUAAUUAUAACUCGGGACCUCAGCAACCAAAUUCAAACAAAUUUCAGGACAGUGCACAGAAUGGUCAACCAAAUAAAACGUGUUUGUUAUUGUUUACAUAGCGUGCUCCAUUUUUCGUUAAUUCAAGGUCAAACACUAACACGCGUUUUUCUCGGAAUGUCAAAAAGCGAAAAACGACCUUUCUUGAAGUUUCCGCGUGGUUUAUGAAUGGCCUUCUACGGUUAUCUGUUUUCUAUUUUUUUCAUAUUUAAAAAACACACGUAGGAGAGUUUAAUAUUAAGGUCAUACUUUUGUAAAAAAUAUUCCUAAAAAAAACAAUUUAGUUUAUAUCUAAGUUAAUAUCAUUCGGGAAAAUUGAACUUUCGGGGAAAUAUCCAUUCGGGUAUGUGUGAAUUCGGGAAAACGACUGUUCGGUAAAAUGGCCAUUCAGGUAAAUGACAUUCGGGGAUAUGGAAUUUUCGGGAAAAUGAUUUUCGGGGAUGUGAAAAUUUCGGGAAAAUGAUUUUCGGGGAAAUGGCACUUUCGGGGAAAUGAUUUUCGGGAAUGUAAAAUUUUCGGGGAAAUGAUUUUCAGGAAUAUAGGAUUCGGGAAUGUGGGAUUCGGGAAUAAGGGAUAAAACCGUAGCUGAAAUGUACUGCAAUCGAUUGUUUUGGUUGUGAAUUUAGUCAUGGUAUCGAUGAAAAAUUGAAAUUGAUAAGCUUCUUGAUAGCUCGUGUAGGUCAAAAGUGUGCAAACUACACUUCAAAUUAGUGAAUAAAAACUGCCAAAUAGAAAUGUUCCUUUUGCAAGUUGAAUCUCUUGUUUUGAUAGUGAUGUCGUGGAAUGUUGCACUUGACGCUCAAGAUCCUCCUGCUCCAGAACCCUCCUCUUGGCGCUACUAAAAAACUAAUGUGAUUGCCGACGGAGUUUACUACAACAACUCAACUGGGCAACGAUACAUCGUAAUCAACGACAAACGGGUCAACUUCUUCGAGGCCUGGCGUGCCUGUAUGCACUUGGGGCUACGACUGGCCGCCGUCAAUAGCAGGGAGGAUAAUUUGGCCCUUUUGGUAGCUCUCCAGCACGUUGGACCACAUCAGCAGGGGCCUUGGUACAUUGCUGGAACCGAUUUGGGUGAGGACGGAAAGUACGUUUGGAUAACUACCGAUCAGAGCGUCGGAUUCGGAACGGGCUACUCCAAUUGGGGCCCAGAUCAGCCCGACAACUACCUGGGCGGAGAGCAUUGCAUCGAAGUUGGUGCGUUCAAGGGAUCUCAUUGGAAUGACGUCGACUGUAAUACCAACAGGGCGUAUAUUUGUGAACGGAUUGACAAUUGAAAUUUGAUGACAUAUCUUGCCUUUGACGUUUCGAGAAAUUUGGUUGAA